AGCAAUGUCCACCUUAGCGUGUCUGUGCAAGCUCAUAUUUGUUUUACGUUUUGGUCUUAAUAGCGAGAUAAACGGCAGUUUCACAUCAGGCGCGUGCACUGCUUAGAUUAGUCUUCAGCAGUGUUGUUUUUUAUUUUCUGUUGUGUUGUUUAUUUUCUGGUACAAAGCCAGCGUUCGGGAGGCUGGACCGGAUACAUUUCUGUUAGUCUUCUGCUACCCCAUCUUGUGUUCGUUUGCCCCCACGCGCUCUCCACUGGCCCGUGAGCUUUCUGAAGAUGCUCUCCUCGUGCUGUCUGCUCCUCGCGGCGCUGUCUGCUUCAGUCACCUGCACAGAUAACGUGACAUGGAAGGACAUUUCUGAUUGGGGGCAUUUGGCGGAUCAGGAUGUGGAGAUAACGGUGCCCAAACGGCUCCUACACCAAAUCGAUUCAGAUGAGGAGUUGGCGCACGAGCGAUUAGACACGCGUGUGAAUGAGCGCGUGGCACCACAGGAGUCUCUGCAUCUGGCCCAGACGUCCUUCAGCAUCACAGCCUUCAGUACGACUUUCAUACUGGACCUGCAGCUCAACCAUGAUCUGCUGUCCUCUGACUAUGUGGAACGUGUGUUUGAUGAAGAGGGAAGGAGUGUCCAAACUACGGGAGGGGAGCAUUGCUAUUACCACGGCAACCUCAGGGGAGUUCCACAGUCUUGGGCAGCCCUGUCUACCUGCCAUGGCCUCCAAGGGAUGUUCUCAGAUGGGAUCGCCUCCUAUGGGAUUGAACCUGUGGGGAAUAAGGAUUCAAAUGUGCAUGCUGUGCUGCGCAUGCCCAACCUACACCUGACACCUCAGUGCUCAGAAUGCACUGAUGACUUUGACUCUAAGACGACUGAGAAUAUCACCGUGGAUACGGAGACGCCAGACUUAACAGAAGGAUUGAGGCGGUCAAAGAGACAGGUGAAAAGGGGGCAGCGCACAGUUCUGACUGAAACCAAAUACAUUGAGCUGCUUGUGGUCAAUGACCAUGACUUGUUUCUACAGAUGCGGCGGUCAGUAUUUCAGACGCGUAACUUUGCCAAAGCUGUGGUCAACAUGGCUGAUGCGAUCUACAAGGAUCAACUCAACACCAGGAUUGUACUGGUAGCCAUGGAAACAUGGACAGCUCAUAAUCUGGUCGCCAUGGGAGACGACCCAUUGACCAUCCUGCGUGAUUUCAUGAAAUACAGGAAGGAGAACAUCAGAGAAAACAGUGAUGCUGCACACCUGUUCUCGGGACGCACCUUCAUGAGUCAUCGUCACGGCUCUGCCUACGUUGGAGGUGUGUGCUCAGCGAUGCGAGGGGGUGGAGUCAAUGAGUAUGGGAAUGUAGGUCCCAUGGCCAUCACACUCUGUCAGACACUCGGUCAGAACAUUGGGAUGAUGUGGAGCAGAGCACGAGCAUCAGCAGGAGAGUGCAGAUGUCCUGAUCCGUGGCUUGGCUGCAUCAUGGAGGACACAGGGUUCUACCUGCCCAGGAAGUUCUCCCGCUGCAGUAUAGAGGAGUACCAGCGCUUCCUCCAGCAGGGCGGGGGCCACUGCCUCUUCAACACACCCACUAAAUUACUGGAUCCACCAGAAUGUGGGAAUGGGUUUGUAGAGAUGGGAGAAGAAUGUGACUGUGGAUCUGCACUGGAGUGUUCUCGUGUGGGCGGGGCCUGUUGUAAGAAGUGCACUCUUACCCAUGAUGCAAUGUGUAGCAAUGGACUCUGCUGCCAGAAGUGUCGGUAUGAGCUCCGUGGAGUUGUAUGUCGGGAUGCUGUGAAUGAGUGUGACAUCUCAGAGACCUGCACAGGUGACUCCAGGCAGUGUCCUCCCAAUGUGCACAAACUGAACGGCUACAUGUGUGAUGCUGGGCAGGGUCGUUGCUAUGGCGGCCGCUGCAAGACACGAGACAGCCAGUGCUGGAGGUUAUGGGGACACAGCUCUGCGGACCGUAUCUGCUAUGAGAAGCUCAACACUGAAGGUUCAGAAAGAGGAAACUGUGGAAAGGAUUCUGAACAGAACUGGUUGCCAUGCAACAAACAGGAUGUGCUGUGUGGGUUUCUCCUCUGCAGUAAUGUAACCCAGAGGCCGCGGAUCGGAGACCUUCAGGGAGAAAUCAGCAGCAUCACCCUCUACCACCAGAACAAGUACCUGGACUGCCUCGGAGGCCAUGCGGUGCUGGACGACGGAGUGGACGCGGGCUACGUGGAGGACGGAACUCCGUGCGCUCCGGGGAUGAUGUGCCUGGACCGGCGCUGCGUCCCGCUCGCGACCUUUAACCUCUCCGCCUGCCCUGGCUCCUCCCCCUCACGCAUCUGCUCCGACCACGGGACGUGCAGUAACGAGGUGAGGUGUAUCUGUGACCUGAGCUACACGGGGAAGGACUGCAGUGUGUUUGACCCGAUCCUGGACCCCCCUCUUGCUGAUGACCUCGAGCAACAUAAAGGUCCCAGCGGUACCAACAUCAUCAUUGGCUCUAUUGCUGGAGCCAUUCUACUGGGGGCCAUCGUGCUCGGAGGCACAGGCUGGGGCUUCAAAAACAUCCGCAGAGGAAGGUCAUCUGGUGUGUGACUCUUCUGUCCAAUCAUCUUCUCUCUGUGCUUCUCUCCUGGAACUACAAAUCCCACAAUCCUCUGUCGAUUUAUCUUCUCUCUGUGCUGCUCUCCUGGAACUACAAAUCCCACAAUCCUCUGUCGAUUCAUCUUCUCUCUCUGCUGUCCGCUGUGCACUCUAGGAACUACAAAUCCCACAAUCCUCUGUCCAUCAGUGUUGAUGGUGGAUUUUUUUUAAAUCUUUAUUUUGUACAAAACAAUAACAUACAGAGGAUAAAACCCGGAUUUAAAAUGCAGGUUAGCAGGAUUUUAGUUGAUGAUAGCUUAAUUGCUGUCAGAAUCAGUGUUCUCAUAUGUGAUUAUAUCUUUUUUGUGUGAUUAUACCUUUUUGAUAAUGUGAUUAUACCUUUUUUCUGGUGUAGCCUUCUGACGUUCUGCAUAGCCCCGAUUGAAUAAGAUGCUUCUGAUGUUCCACUUAGCCCCGAUUGAAUAAGAUGCUUCUGAUGUUCCACUUAGCCCCGAUUGAAUAAGAUGCUUCACAGACCAGCCGUAGCAAGUUGUUCCAUAUAGACUUACUCCCACAAUGUUGUGUCAGUUAUAAAACGUCAAACGUUUAUUAUGAAUUGUAUGUCAAAUGAAACGAAACAAUGUUAGAAUGCUAACUGCACCAACACAAUUAGAAUAGAAUUCACUAUCAGAAAUAGACAUUGUA